UUGCCGGAUUCAGCAGUCACUCGGUGGAUCUGGGACUAGGAGGUCACAUUCAAGUUGAAAAUUUUCCUAUUUAGCACGACACCAUGUCAUUCUUCAGCAUUUACAAAUUCUUACUGGCAAUUGUCAUUUGUGCCAUCGCAGUUUUGGGAGCGGAUGCCAGACACGUUGACAAACGAUGGAUUCAAUACACUGGAGUCGGGGGUUCUGAUGAUCAUUACAAACGAGCAAUUGGGGAUGGGAAUGGUGGACAAGCCGAACAAAGCCAACAAGAUGCCGGAAUUUUCCCAAAAUUCCCUGGGGAUGAGGACGAAUUUGAGCAAGAAAGCCAGGUGCAGGGUCAGGAUGAUAACAUCCCCCCAUUGGAUAAGGAUAAGCUGCAAGAGGGGCAGGACAAUUUUGGGAUAUCGGGUAACAACGGUUUUGUCGGUGAAGAAUCAUCCUCUCUUCCUCCCGCUGAUACUGAAUCCAACGAUAUAGGAGAUGAAGGUCAGUCGUCGCAGAAUAGUGGAUUUGAAGACGUCGGCCAGCAAGAUUCUUAUCAAGGAGGAAAAGGGAGUGGAUCUUGGUAUGGCAAGGAGCGAGAGGAAGAUAAUGAAAUUGACGUGACCACCGAACGCCAACAGCAUAAGCCCUGGUACAAAAAAGUUCACGGAUUCCUCAAAAAUCAAUACAAUUAUAUUAAAAGUCGUGUUGGGAGGGCGGACGACUAUUAUGUAAAUCAGUAAGAGUCAGUUGUAUACAUUCAUGGAAUUGAUAAUAAAUCGGCAAUGUUAAUGGGAA